AUCAUUAUCUAACUUCAUUGAACUUUCCCGGCAUUGUUUAUGCUACCAUUUUCCACCCAUCCCUAAUCCCUUUUGCAGCCAUUAAAUGGCGAAGGCGGUGGUUUGCACCCUUCUGGCCACCGCCUUCAUCAUUUUAUUCGUGUUCUCCCAAAACAAACAGCAUGGUCAUCAUACCCGUUCAGGCCUGAGUCGGCGCCUUGGCUACAAAGUUCCCCAUUUUGACCCUCUGGUCGCAAGAAUCGAGAGAUCGGCGGAACAAAAAGGAUUGAGCUAUCACGUUGAUCCGGAACACAUUUCUUACGUUCCUGAGGUUGCAGACGCCCACGAGUUCUUCGACGACGACGGAGCUUUAAACACCACUCUGCGGUUGAUGAUUUUGUUCCCUCUGCUAGACAAUGCACCGAAAGAUGGUUUAAUCAGUGCCAAGGAGCUAGGGGCUUGGAUUGGGCAACAAGCCAUCGAUCGUUUGAGUUUUAGAACCAACAAAGUCAUGUCAUGGCACGACAAAAAUGGGGAUGGAGCUAUCAGCUUCAGCGAGUAUCUGCCUCAUUUUAACGAGAAUGAUAUAGCAAAAAAUAGAAAAGGGCACGGUGAAGCUGGAUGGUGGAUGGAGCAAUUUAACAAUGCAGACCUGAAUUCCAAUGGGACUCUUGACUUCAACGAAUUCAAAGAUUUCUUACAUCCAGAAGACAGUGACAACGAGGAAAUUCAGAAAUGGCUGUUGAGAGAAAAAAUGAAACGGAUGGACGAUGAUCACGAUGGCAAACUCAACUUCAAGGAAUUUCUCGAUUACGCAUACAACAUUUACAAAAGCUAUGCUGAAUUCGAGACUGCUGCUGCUCUUGCACCCUCAGCUGAAGACAAAUUCGUAGAGCUAGAUAUCAACAAAGACAAAUACCUGGAGCUGGAUGAAUUGAGACCCAUACUCUGUUAUCUCUACCCUGGUGAACUGUUCUACGCCAAGUACUACACCAGUUAUCUGAUUUACGAGGCUGAUGAUAACAAAGAUGGGAAUUUGACCAUGGAAGAGAUUCUCAAUCACGAGAGCGUAUUCUACAACUCACUCUAUGAUGACAGCAUCGACAACGACGACUUUGAUGAUGACCAUGACGAACUCUAGUCUCUAGAAACCUGAUUCAUGCAAUGCUUUGGAUUUGGGUUAUAUGACAUCCCAUCCCAUUCCCAGCACAUGAUAAAAGAAAACCAAGUCCAAUAAUUUUUGCCUGUGUUUCUGUAAAUAGACAACGGAACAAGGCAGAAAUGGAGCAUAAGCUUUUGUAUUAAUUUGUCACUUCAUCUUCCUUUGACCAAUAUUUUU